AUGGCGCUUGCUCUGGGACAGCAGCACUGUUCAAAGGCAGCGCUCAGCACGGUACUGGGGAGGGUGGGUCUGAACGUCCCGACAAAACCCAAGCCCUUUCCUGCUGCAGCUGCGAGAGAGCGCCCGGGCCUCGCGGCUCCGGCGGCAGCGGGACACAACGGCUAUGGCCAGACACAACCAGGAGCAGCUGCCGCUGCUCCCACCAACACCACCAGACACAAGGGGAGGAAAACGGCCCAGCUCCACUGGCCAAACCCAUGCCUGCAGCUCGCCUUCCAGGGCCGCCUGCACGAGCGCCUGCACGGGCUCUUCCUCACGCGCUACACGGACCAGGGCCGCAGCAGAAUGCUGAUUGCAUCCCAAAUGGAACCAACAUAUGCCAGGACAGUUUAUCCAUGCUUUGAUGAACCAGCCAUGAAGGCAACAUUCGAUAUCAGAAUCAUCCAUGACCCAAGCUAUGUAGCUCUUUCCAACAUGCCUGCUAUUGAUGUUUCUGAAAUGAAGGAUGAAAAUGGAAGUGUGUGGGCCAUUACCACAUUUAAUACUUCGCUGAAAAUGUCAACUUACAUAACUGCUUUUGUGAUUUGUGAUUUUGAUUAUGUCACCAGAACAGAACGAGGAAAGGAGAUACGUAUUUGGGCUCGUAAAGAAGCAGUUAAAAAUGGGUAUGUUGACUAUGCUUUAAACAUCACAGGCCCAAUAUUUUCAUUCCUGGAAGACUUGCUUAACAUCAGCUAUCCUUUGCCAAAGACAGAUCUGGUUGCACUACCUGAAUUUGAAGCAGGUGCUAUGGAAAACUGGGGACUAAUGACUUUCCAAGAGUCAUCCUUGAUGUACCUCCCGAGAGAUAAAUUCACAGGCAGAAAGGCUGUGAUUGCCAUAACUACAUCACAUGAGAUAGGACACCAGUGGUUUGGAAAUCUGGUUACUAUGAGCUGGUGGAAUGAUCUGUGGCUGAAUGAGGGAUUGGCGUCUUACUUUGAAUACCUGGGAGCUGCCUUUGUUGAACCAAAGCUUUCACUGGAUAAAGUAUUUCACGAUCAUGUUAUACAACCCAUUUUAAGCGAGGACAAUGAGAUAGGAGUUCGAUCCCUGUCGGCAAGUGAAGACAAGAUUAAAGGAUCAUCUUUCUUAAUUUCUUUGUUUGACACCAUCACGUAUAACAAGGGGGCUUCCAUUACCUGGAUGCUUUCUAAUUUUCUGACCGAGAAGCUGUUUAUCAGAGCACUCACUUCUUACCUGAAAACAUUUUCCUUUUCAAAUGCUAACCAAGAUGAUCUGUGGACCCACAUACAACUGGUUGUAGAUGGACAGGAUGAAGUUCAGUUGCCAGCAUCUGUAAAAAAAAUAAUGGAUUCCUGGACAUGCCAAAAUGGGUUUCCAGUUUUAACAUUAAAUCUAUCCACUGGCACAAUCAGUCAGGAGCAAUUUCUUAAUAAAAGGAAUGACAACAAUACUGCUACAUACAAUAAAACAUGGAUUGUUCCUAUUUCUUGGAUGAGAAAUGGAUCAUCACAACCCUUGUUGUGGCUUGAUGAAAGCAGCAAAAUGUUUCCUGAAGUGCAAGUAUCAGAAUCAGAGUAUGAUUGGAUCCUGCUCAAUGUAAAUUUAUCUGGAUACUAUCGAGUUAAUUAUGAUGAAUUAAACUUAAAAAGAUUAGCACGUGUGCUUGAAAAUGAUCCAAAGGCUAUUCCCGCUGUUAACAGGCUGCAGCUGAUAGAUGAUGUUUUUGCAUUGACACAGUUUGGAUAUAUUCAGAUUGAAUCAGCGCUUGAACUAACAAAGUACCUUGCUAAAGAAGAUGAAAUCUUUAUAUGGAAUAUGGUAUUAUUAAAUCUAAUACCAGACACUUGGGAAAGUACUCUGAAAAACUAUGAAGUAUAUCCACUUCUAAAGAAAUACCUUUUAAAGAGAAUGUUGCCAAUAUACCAUUAUUAUGCAGGUUUAAUUCGUCAAAAUGUUGAUGCUUUGGAAAAUGACUAUUUUGCUCAAGUGUAUUUGGAAAAACUCUUUGCAACAGCAUGUUGGCUGGGUCUGCAGGACUGCUUGGAUCUUUCAUCUGAACUGUAUGCGAAGUGGAUGAACAGCCCUGAGUACAAUAUUCCCUCUUUAAUUAGAAGAACGAUUUGUUGCUAUGGUAUUGCAAUGGGAAGUGAUAAAGAAUGGAAUUUUGCAUGGGAUGUUUAUAAUCAAACCAACUCCACAAAGGAAGAUAAAGACAUCCUAAUGUUUGCCAUGAGCUGUGCCAGAGAAUCGUGGUUACUUUACAGAUACUUGCAGUAUGGACUCAGUGAUACAUUACCUUCUUCCAACUGUACUUCAGAAGUCAUCUUAUAUGUGAUGGUUAAGGAUAUUGGGCAACGCAUAGCCUGGGAAUUUGUUACACAAAAUUGGCCACUUCUAAGUGAAAGGUGUGGGGAGGAACUAUUACAUGAUAUAUUAAAAGUAAUGGCAAGAUACGUCAAUACAGAUGUACAAAUCCGAGAGUUGCAAAUUUUUUAUAAUAUGACACUGGAGGAGAAUGAGAGGGAGGACACCACUGCGCUACUGGAGUCUGCAAAAUUUGAAAAUACAGAAAGGAGAGAACUUCUGAUGGAAGUUGCUGACUGGUUGCAGAAAAAUAUCAAUGACUGAUUUGAGGAAAUGAUUUCCAGUAUAUUUUAGUGCAAUUCACUAGGAUUUUGAUGUUCAUUUAAAGAUUUAAUUACAGCUAAAGCACACUUUUAUGAGUUCUGCUAUUGUCAUCCCAGUUGGAAAGCUUGGCUAAACCAAUUCACAAUGAAAAGAUUCAUCAAGAAAAAUAAGGGGAUAUAUUUGCAUAUUGUAUCUAAUUACAAGAUUA